AUGUGUGGUCACUGCUGCUCAACACCCUUGUUGGACCAGGUUCCUGCCAGCUUGAUCCCAGUCUUGGAUUCCAAGGUGACCAUGGAGACCGGCGGGCUCCCCCUGGAGCUGUGGCGCAUGGUCUUGGCCCACCUGCACCUCCCGGACCUGGGCCGCUGCAGCCUGGUGUGCCGGGCCUGGUACGAGCUGGUCCUCAGCCUCGACAGCACCCGCUGGCGGCAGCUGUGCCUGGGCUGCACCGAGUGCCGCCACCCCAACUGGCCCAACCAGCCCGACGUGGAGCCCGAGUCCUGGAGGGAGGCGUUCAAGCAGCACCACCUCGCCUCCAAGACGUGGACCAAGAACGCCCUGGACCUGGAGUCCUCCGUCUGCUUCUCUCUGUUUCGCCGGCGGAGGGAGCGCCGGACCCUGCGCGUGGGGCCGGGCCAGGAGUUCGACAGCCUGGGCGGCGCCUUGGCCGUGGCCAGCCUGUACGACCGCAUCGUGCUGUUCCCGGGCGUGUACGAGGAGCAAGGCGAGACCGCCCUGAAGGUGCCCGUGGAGAUCGUGGGCCACGGGAAGCUGGGGGAGGUGGCCCUGCUCGCCAGCAUCGACCAGCACUGCUCCACCGCGCGCCUGUGCAACCUCGUCUUCAUGCCAGCCUGGUUCUCGCCCUUCAUGUUCAAGACAACCUCAGGCCACGUCCAGUUUGACAACUGCAACUUCGAAAACGGGCACAUCCAGGUGCACGGUCCGGGCACCUGCCAAGUGAAGUUCUGCACCUUCAGAAACACCCACGUCUUCCUGCACAACGUGCCCCUGUGCGUGCUGGAGAACUGCGAGUUUGUGGGCAGCGAGAACACGUCCGUGACCGUGGAGGGCCACCCGUCCGCCGACAAGAACUGGGCCCACAAGUACCUCCUGGGGCUCGUCAAGUCCUCCCCCAGCGUGCUCCCCACCGAGGACUCUGACUUCCUCAUGUCCCUGGACCUGGAGAGCAGGGACCAGGCCUGGAGCCCGAGGACCUGCGACAUCGUCAUCGAGGGCAGCCAGAGCCCGACCAGCCCCGUCGCCAGCUCCCCGAAGCCAGGCUCCAAGGCCGGCUCCCAGGAGGCGGAGGUGGGCAGUGACGGGGAGAGGCUGGCCCAGACCCCGGACAGCAGCAAUGGGGGCCUGAGUCCCAGCGGUGAGGAGGAAGAGAAGGAGGAGGAGGAGGAGGACCAGCUCAUGUACCGGCUGUCCUACCAGGUGCAGGGCCCGCGCCCCGUCCUGGGCGGCUCCUUCCUGGGCCCGCCUCUGCCCGGAGCCUCCAUCCAGCUGCCCAGCUGCCUCGUGCUGAACUCGCUGCAGCAGGAGCUGCAGAAGGACAAGGAGGCCAUGGCCCUGGCCAGCUCCGUGCAGGGCUGCCUCAUCCGCAAGUGCCUCUUCCGGGACGGCAAGGGGGGCGUCUUCGUGUGCUCCUACGGCCGGGCCAAGAUGGAAGGGAACGUCUUCCGGAACCUGACCUACGCCGUGCGGUGCAUACACAACAGCAAGAUCGUCAUGCUGCGGAACGACAUCCACCGCUGCAAAGCGUCGGGCAUCUUUCUCCGCCUGGAGGGCGGAGGCCUGAUCGCCGGCAACAACAUCUACCACAACGCGGAGGCCGGCGUGGACAUCCGGAAGCGGUCCAACCCGCUCGUCCUGUGUAACCAGAUCCACCACGGCCUUCGCUCAGGCAUUGUCGUCCUUGGCAAUGGGAAAGGCGUCAUCCGGAACAAUCAGAUCUUUUCCAAUAAGGAGGCCGGCAUUUACAUCCUGUACCACGGAAACCCAGUGGUGAGUGGGAACCACAUUUUCAAGGGCCGUGCAGCCGGCAUAGCCGUCAAUGAGAAUGGCAAAGGCCUCAUCACAGAGAACGUGAUCCGCGAGAACCAGUGGGGAGGCGUGGACAUCCGCCGCGGGGGCGUCCCCGUGCUCAGGAGCAACCUCAUCUGCUUCGGCUACUCGGACGGCGUGGUCGUGGGAGACGAAGGCAGAGGGCUGAUAGAAGGGAACACCAUCUACGCUAACAAGGGCUGUGGCGUGUGGAUGAUGUCGUCCAGCCUGCCCCACGUCACCAGCAACCACGUCAGCUACAACGGCCUGUACGGCGUGGCGGUGUUCAGCCAGAAGGAGGGCGCCAGGGAGCUCCCCGGGGCCCAGGAGAACUUCAGCGAGGACGGGGAUGCCGCCCUCUGGGAGCCGGAGCUGGAGAAGGACGAGGACCCGCUGCGCCAGCCCGUCACCGUGGCGCUGGUGGAGUCCAACAGCGUCAAUCACAACGGAGCCUCAGGACUCUACAUCCAGAGCAGCGAGGCGCUGCACGUCAUCACCAACGUGAUCCACGCUAACGGGGACAGAGGCAUCACCGUAGCCCAGAGCGGCCAGCUCACCCGUGUGGCUAACAACAGCAUCUCCUGCAACCGCCAGAGUGGGGUCAAGGUCGAGGCCCAGUGCAAGGUGGAGCUCCGGGGCAAUGGCAUCUAUGACAACAGAGGCCAUGGCAUCAUCACCAAGGGUGACAGCACCGUUGUCAUCGAAAAUGACAUCAUUGGCAAUCGGGGCAGCGGGCUACAGCUGCUGCCCAGGUCCGACACUAAGGUCAUAAAGAACCGGAUCCACUCAUUCCGGGCCUACGGCAUCGCCGUGCGGGGCCGCACCAGGGCUCUGGUGCAGGAGAACAUCUUCUUCCAGGGAAAGACCAACAAGACCAUCUUCCAGCAGAUCUCAAACAACCGAGAAUGCAUCAUGCAGAACAACAAGUUCCUGGUCUUCAAGAAAAAGUCUGAUACAUGGCGGCUCAUGAACCCACCAGCACGCCCUCACCUUGAAAACUCACUCCGAGGCCCUUCUGCAGCCCACAGUGGGCAGAAGGUGACCGCCAUGGCGACCAGGAUCACAGCCCGUGUGGAAGGUGGGUACCACAGCAACCGCAGCAUCUUCUGCACUAUCCUGUGA